AUGCGGGAUAUUAUUAAAUCUUCCUCUGCUGACAUUCUAAGAGACUUCAAGCUGUCUUCACUUGAAAGCAGUACAGAAGACAGUGGAUAUUUAGAUCUCAGCUCAGAGAAUUCUUUAGAUCUGUGCAAUCUGCUUGAGGGGCAAAGUGAAGCAGAUAGGUCAGAUAGACUAUCUAUGCAGGAACGCAUUCACCCAGAUACAAACUCAAUUUUAUAUGCAAAGAUAGAGGAGUACAAUGAAGUUGCCUGUCUUCUUAUGGAACCAGUGUGUAUUGAAAUACUUGGGGUUAGGUGCUCUGGUAAGUCUAGUUUUCUUUACGGUCUGCUACGAGUAAAUUACCAUCUAUUCCCACAGCUUAUUAUUACAAAAGGACCAGUCCCUGAGAUAGAUGGGACAAAGGUCCAUACUGCAACGAGUAUGGAUGAGAUGAUUUCCGUGUUAGAGACAGUCAUAAAGACGCAGCAUAUUACAAAGACACAAAUAUUAGGGAUAGACACUCUAAUUACGCUUUUAAAUGUGGAAAGAACAGAAGAGAAAAAGCACGAGGUCUUCUUCUUAUUAAAGGUACUGAAUGCCCUGGGUGUGCGUGUGGUUGUAAUAACCAGUCUUAUAGAGACAGUCAGAAGGUCAUCUGACUUCUAUCAUAGAAGCAUAUUAUUUAGGCGUCUGCCGUAUAGUGAAUAA